AUGGCCUCAUCCACAUCACCACCACAAGCAGGUAUCCCGCCACAACAGCUGUCGCUGCCGCUGCCUGCUUUGACCUCCACGCCCCAGCGCCACCCGGACUGCUGCCUCAGCCUAUCUACCACGCUGCUGCACAUCAUCGUCUCGCAGGUCAGGCAGGCUCUAGUGGCGUCGGCAGACCCGGCAGGGAGCUGUGGCACUACUCCCUCGCCAGAUGGAGAGGGGCGGCGGGAUCCAGAUGAUGUCGAGGCGGAAGCAGACGUGGAGCGAGAGGACGUGAUUGCAUCCAUAGGAUCUGGGUCCGGACUCCUCGAGGCGUGUCUGCAGCGAUACAUGGACGACAUUGACGACAUAGGCGACAGCGGUAGUGGGGACGAUCCGGAUAGCUGGGAGACCACCAUCGUCAACACCGCCAAGAGGACGGCGCGUGGGAAAUCGAGAGUAACCGUGCAAGGCGUCGAGGUACACCAGCUUUCCUCCUCUUCCUGGGCCUCUUCUUCUUCUUCUUCUUCACCCAGCCACGGGCGACAACAACACGGCCUGAACCGGUACCUCCCUGAGCAGAGCCGCUCGUACGUGAGGGGAACAUGGGAGGUCUGGCUGGGCGUCGUGCUCAGCUCUGACGCUCUGGGUGCCGACGAAAGCCAUAGCGGUGGCCGUGGCGAUGGUUUCGGAAGCGUCGAUGGAGAUGGUGAUGCCGACGACGACGACGACGACGACGACGACGACGACAACGGGGAUGAUGGUGUCAACAACGACGCAUUGAGUGCGAUUCCGCAACGCCGCGUCGUCGUCGUCGCCCUCAUGUUUGUAUACCCGCGCCUCCCGUCGCUGGUCCAAAAAUACGUCGAUACCGUUCUAUCAUCGAGAACUUCGCCGUCGUCGUCGUCGUCGUCGUCGUCGUCGUCGUCGGUCAAAGUCAUCAUAUAUCUCGGCCCGCGAGCUGACUGGCAAGACUUCCAGCCUUGCUUUGAGCGCCCGCCAGCAGCCAAGGAGGUCAGUAACAAAACGGUCGAGGUAAAAGUCCUGGAGGGGGAGGAGGCCGGAUUGCUAGAGUACGAGAUGAUGGGCAUUGUGUACAUCCGGUAA